CCUCCCAAUACUGUCGAGCUUGCCCUCACGAGUCGCGUUGAUGACACCAAUGUGCGCGGCUUGGCCUACUACGCAAAUGUGACCGUUGGAAGUCCUGGUCAGUUGCAGACUCUCCUGAUCGAUACUGGAAGUAGCGAUACUAUCCUUNCCGCCAUGAACUCCUCUUCUUGCACAGCUCGUGGCUGUCUAAACGGCCAAUUUGAUCCGAACAUAUCAUCGACACUAGAGAUAGCUUACCCUGGAGCUCUUGAUGCGCACUAUGCCGAUGGUUCUNCGAAAAAGGGCGAUCUCAUCACAGAUGUGAUACAUCUGAACAAUUUGACGAUCAAGAACUUUCCCUUGGGACUUGCCUAUCGGGUCAAAGAUCGAUAUCUUCCUAAUGUGGGAAUCAUGGGUCUUGGAUACUCAAAUAACAUGGCACACCGCACUGGAGUAAGGAACUUCCCGAGCUUCAUCGAGGGGCUUGUUCAAGCUGGUACGAUUUCAUCACGCCUCUAUAGCAUCUACUUGAAUGCGCUGGAUCUGCCUGGCUCCAUAUUGUUCGGCGGAAUCGAUAUAAACAAGUACAAAGGUCCACUAACCACUCUCAACCUCUUACCCUCGGCGUCGAAUCGUGUCAAUGAAUUUCGCUUGUAUCUGGAAUCAGUGACAAUGCAACCAUUCGAUGAACCUAACCAGACUAUCAUUCAAGCUACCAAAGAUAUUAGAUAUGUUGCCGACCUGGAUACAGGAACUCCUGACUGGAUACUUCCGACCAGCGCAUAUCACAAGCUCAUCGGAUAUGCUGGAGUGUUGCCAGAAGGAGGGUAUUAUCCCAACAGUGGAAUCAUCGGCGAAGAAAGCUUUGUCAAGCCUUGUAGUGACGUGACCCGUGGUAUUGGCAAUACUACUCGUCUUGAGCUUACCUUCGCCGACGAAGGUAUGAACACCGCUACACUACAAGUUGAAUUAGCAGAUCUAUUCACUCCGCUCACGUAUAAGGACGGAAGCGCUGUCACCAAUCUAUCUGGGCAAGCGAUGUGCUGGCUCCGAGUUAUAGACGCCCAGACUACAGACGACAAACCUUUGGCAAUGUUUAUUGGUACUGGUGCAUUCAGAGCGGGAUACUGGGUAUUCGAUCUGGACAAUGGCCAAGUGUCGUUGGCGCAAGCUAACCUCGACGCACACUCGUCGAACGUAGUACGUGUCGAAGCCGGUGCAGACGGAUUACGUUCGGCCAUGCGCAUGGCAGAGUCUGGUCAGGGGAGGAGGCAGAAAUCGAUGAUGCGUCGAUAG